AUGAAACGAAAGUUGAAGGAUGAUUUUAGUCAAACGAUCAAUGAUACUGUUUAUGAAUGGUUUGUUACACAAAGAACCAAAAAUAUUCCUAUAUCUGGUCCAGUAUUACAAGAAUAUGCAAGAAAAGUUGCUGAAGAACUAGGUGAUCGAUCAGGAAAUUUUAAAGCAAGUAACGGGUGGUUGGACCGAUUUCGAACUCGACACAAUGUUCAUUUUAGGGUUAUAUGUGGUGAAGCAGCAGCUGUGGAUAAAAUUACUACUGAAAAUUGGCAAAUACGUUUGCCAAACAUUAUUCAACAUUAUAACCCGGUGAACAUUUACAAUUGCGAUGAAACAGGGUUAUUCUUCAAGUUAAUACCUGAUCGUUCUUUGGUUAUUGAUAAGAAUGAUUGCGAGGGUGGGAAGAAAUCAAGAGAUAGAUAUACAGUGAUGCUGUGUACCAACUGGCUUGGUACAGAUAAACUUAAACCGGUGGUAAUAGGUAAAGCUGCACGACCAAGGUGCGUCAAGGAUAUAGAUAUGGCGAAAUUACCUGUGAAAUGGUACAGCAAUCGUACGGCAUGGAUGAAUAGUAAAAUAUUUACUGAAUGGUAA